GUGAACAUUCCCAAGUGAAGAUUCGUGGGUAGGCGGAGGGAUAGACUGUGGGACACAGUGUGACACACUGCAGCUUCCAUAAUCCAACUGACCCCAGCAUCACAGUCUCCUGGACCCGUCCUGCUGCUCCUAGAAUCCUCCACAAGGGAUAUGUGGGCUCGGAGCCCACAUCUCGGAGCCCACCCUGCCCUCUCCUCCUCAUUCCGCUGAGCAGCCCCCUCCCUUAUGGGUAACUACGUCCCAGGGAUCUGGUGCUGUCCUGCCUCUGGCAGGCAGCUCCCUCUCUCUGCUGCUCCCCUCUUUUUUUCCAAGUCCCCGCAGGAGCCAAGGCCAGCGUGGGUGGCUGAAAUCUCCCCGGUAACGAGAUCUGCCUCUCCCUCUCCCGGCCUGGCCUCCGCCCCUAACCUGCGGCCCCUCAGUCUGGCACCUGCUGUCCGGUGCUCAGUUCCUCUUCCCGGCCCCUCCCGCACCCUCCUGCUCCCCCCACCCCCCGCGUCUGCUGGCUCUCUAUGUCACCAUCUGUGGCACAAUCCUUCUCUGUCACUGUCCCCACCACCCCCUCUUUCUCCUUCCUCCUGCCUCCCUCUGUCCCUGCCUUUUUCUGCAUCUCUCCCUGCUCCUCAGUCCAUCUAUUCUCGCCUCUCCUCUUCGCUCCUCUGUCCCUGCUCCUUGCUAGGCAUCUCUCCUUACUCCCCCUCAUUCUGCCUUUCCACCCACACACUGUCUCCUCUCCCUCUCCUUUCUCUCUCUCCACCUCCGACCCUCCCCCUCCUUUCCUUAUUUUCCUCUGGCUUCUUAUGUCCCCUGCUAUCUCACAUUUCUGUCAUCUUGAGAAGUGUCUCUUGCCACCCCCAACUGGGUGCCAUCCGAAGACCCCCCAUCCCGUGUCCGGCACCCUCCACGUGUCCUGGAGAUGGGGGGUGACGUACCAGGUGCGGGUGACAAGUCAGGGCCGAGGACCAGAUGGGAGAGGCGACGUGGGCUGACGUGGCCCCCAAGGACCUAGGAAGGGUCCACGCCCACGAACGCUGGACGAGUGUGCACCGUGUGGCACCCCAGCUGGCUGUGCUCUGGUGGUACCUGGCUGCAGAAUGCUAACCAGCCUGGCAACUACAAAGGGAGUUCUUGCCCAGUGGGCAGAGUCUUGGAGCCUCUGUGCAGCAGCAUGUCAGAACUGGACCAAACCAGACGCAAGCUACCAUCUGGCCUCCCGGGCCUCGAGCAUCCCUUGAAGCUGGCAGUGGUGCCUCUGAAGAGCCCCCUCCACCUCUGCAGCAACCCUGUAAGGUUAGGGCUGGUUGGCUGCUGACUGAUCCUCAUCUCAGCCAUGGCCACUGUUACCUAUCCUUCAUCUGAGCCUACGACCUUGGACCCUGGGAACGCAUCCUCGACCUGGCCCCUGGAUACCACCCUGGGGAACACAUCCGCUGGCGCUAGCCUGACAGGCCUGGCUGUCAGUGGCAUCUUGAUCUCUCUGGUGUACCUGGUGGUGUGCGUGGUGGGUUUGCUGGGCAACUCGCUGGUGAUCUACGUGGUCCUGCGGCACACGUCCAGCCCAUCAGUGACCAGUGUCUAUAUCCUCAACCUGGCUCUGGCUGAUGAGCUCUUCAUGCUAGGGCUACCCUUCCUGGCUGCUCAGAACGCCCUGUCCUACUGGCCCUUCGGAUCUCUCAUGUGCCGUCUGGUCAUGGCCGUGGAUGGCAUCAACCAGUUCACCAGCAUCUUCUGCCUCACCGUCAUGAGUGUGGACCGCUAUCUGGCUGUGGUGCACCCCACACGCUCAGCCCGCUGGCGCACGGCACCAGUGGCUCGCACGGUCAGUGCAGCUGUCUGGGUGGCCUCGGCUGUGGUGGUGCUGCCUGUGGUUGUGUUCUCAGGAGUGCCCCGGGGCAUGAGCACGUGCCACAUGCAGUGGCCAGAGCCAGCGGCUGCCUGGCGAACAGCCUUCAUCAUCUACACGGCCGCACUGGGCUUCUUUGGGCCCCUGCUGGUCAUCUGCUUGUGCUACUUGCUCAUUGUGGUAAAGGUGCGGUCGACCACCCGGCGGGUGCGGGCGCCCUCGUGUCAGUGGGUACAGGCACCCGCAUGCCAGCGGCGACGCCGCUCUGAGCGCAGGGUCACACGCAUGGUGGUGGCCGUGGUGGCACUCUUCGUCCUCUGCUGGAUGCCUUUCUAUCUGCUCAACAUCGUCAAUGUGGUGUGCCCGCUGCCGGAGGAGCCCGCCUUCUUCGGCCUCUACUUCCUGGUGGUGGCGCUGCCCUACGCCAACAGCUGCGCAAACCCCAUCCUCUACGGCUUCCUCUCCUACCGCUUCAAGCAGGGCUUUCGCAGGAUCCUGCUAAGACCAUCACGUCGCAUUCGGAGCCAGGAGCCAGGGUCGGGACCUCCAGAGAAGACUGAAGAGGAGGAGGAUGAAGAAGAAGAAGAGAGAAGGGAAGAGGAGGAGCGGAGGAUGCAGAGAGGGCAGGAGAUGAACGGGAGGCUCAGUCAGAUCGCACAGGCUGGCACUAGUGGACAACAGCCACGGCCCUGCACAGGGACUGCUAAGGAGCAGCAGCUUCUGCCCCAGGAGGCCACAGCUGGGGACAAGGCCAGCACACUGAGCCAUCUGUAAGGACCUUCAAAGAACCAGCGUGGUUCAGAAAAGAGCAGAAGCUGGGCUUGACCUCGGGGCUCGAACACCCACAUGCAGUGAUCUGAGCAGCAGCGAGAAUGACCUUAUGUACAUGGCUGUCCUGGUCCUCUCUGGACCGCUGUGGUACCAGGGUCCAGUGAUGGAAUGUUUAUAGGCUUGAACUCUGUGCCACUGUGCCAGGACUUGCUGUGUGUCCUUUGGCCGGUCAUUUACCCUUUCUGGGCCUUGUUUUCUUCUUUUGACUCAGGGAUGGGUAAACUGAGCCUGGAUGGGCCCUGUCAGAAGAGGGGUCUGGAAUCCUUACCAGGAUCACUCUCCUUUCAGAUCAGGGCCCAAGUUAAGAGAAUUUGGGCCAUCUGGCCAAGAAACAAGAUAUCUUGGUGAUCAGUCUGUGUCUUGGCCCUCAAGGAGAUAUACCAGGACUUGGGAAAUCAGAGAUGCGGGUGAGCCAGGGGCUUACUUGGCUGAAACCUAAAGGAAGUGUUAGUUGGCGCUGUGGGAUGCCACAGCUUAGGACCCAGGUGAGCCCUCCCCAUGCUGCUGUGUGGUCUCGGCCAAUCUGUUCAUGCCCAGGCCUCCUACCUCUUCUGCAGGACAGUCCAGUGUCCUACAGACCCUCACCCCAGCCUCUGAGCACUGGGCCUUCUAUGCUCCUGGACAUGAGGGGAAGAAUUUUCCAGAAGGCAAAUGAAACCAAGUUUCAGGGGUUCUUACUGCUUGGGCCCCUCUGGGGCCUACAGCUGACUCGUCUUCUAAUUUUGUAUUCCUUCUCUGGUGGUGGUGAUGGGGUUGAGGGGACUGCACACCACACAGGCUCAGGCCACCGGAGAUCUGACUCACCCUAUUAAGGCUAUUCAGGUCAGCUACCUGGUCCCCAGGGCAGACACCAUGCAGCAGCCUGAGGCAAGAAGAGGGAGAAAGAAGGAGAGGGAGAUGAGGUAGUAGGAAGAGGGUGGGGGAUGGGAGAGGAGGGAGGAGAGAACAGAACUUGGUGGUGAUCCUGAGCCAACCUCCUGCUCCCCUUAGGCUAAGCUCAGUUGCAGUGUUGAUGGCUUCAGGCAGAAUCUGAAGAAGACACGUGGCCAGGAUCCCCUGGAGGGUGCAUGGGGCUGGUGAGAGGGGCACAGGCCAUGAUAGAGUCCUGGGAAUGGGCUUGGCUCCUCAAGACACUUGGGAGGGAUGAUAAGCCCUUUGGGUGGGUCAGACCUCCCAUCCUCUGUAUUCCCAAGGCUCCAGCUGAUGUGAAGACUAAAGGGCUGUUGUCAGGGAGUAGCCACUGUUCCAGCUGGUUCAGGACUUCAUCCUCCCCUUCCCAGAGAUGGUCCUUCUGGGUCCAGCAAGGCUGGCCCUGGAGAGGUUGGAGCUUCUGCCCAAACCCCCGCCCUACCCUGCAGAGAGGCAGGGCUCUCAGGGAACCCACAAAUCCAGACAUUGAGAAAGCUGGAUCUUCUAGUCACCUCAAGCCACUUGGCCACACCCUCUGUCUCUGCACCUCAGUAUCCUCAUCAUAACGAGAAUGGGGUUCCUCAGUUCGCCAGUCUGCUGGAAUUUGGGAGGGAAUUGAGUCUUGCUGGGGAAGCUACUGCUGGCCACAACAGGGCUGCCUCGGGAUACAAAGUGGCAAGGAUACAUAGUGGCAAGGAUACAAAGUGGCAAGGUUACAAAGUGGCUAGGACACAACAUAGCAAGAGUACAAAGUAGCAAGGUUGCAAAUGUGGCAAGGAUACAAAGUAGCAAGGUUACAAAGUAGCAAGGAUGCAAAGUAGCAAGGAUGCAAAGUGGCAAGGAUGCAUCAUGUCAAGGAUACAAAGUGGCAAGGGUAGCAAGGAUAGAAAGUAGCAAGGAUGCAAGGUGGCAAGGAUGCAAAGUGGCAAGGAUACAAAGAGGAGGUGACCCUACCUCAGGUUCAGCCCAUACCCUGCCCCUUCAGUGGGUGGUUUCUGUGUCAGCUACUGGAGGUGAAGGUAUUCAUGAAAAAUGGGGGCCAAGAGGUCCGAAGCCAAGGGCCAGGGAGAAUGCAAAGCACCCCAGAAGGAGGAAGUUUGCAAACGUAGGCAUGUGUGGGGCCUGAGGCCAGUCCAGGGCUUCCUCUGAGAAGGAAUGGGAUCAGGAAGUGAGCAGGCCAGCCUUCCUGGAUGGGGCAGGUAAGGGAGGAGGAUGGUCAGUUGAGAAAUUCUUCGCUGCUUCUGACCUGAGCGCCUAUCAAUAAAGACAGUGACUAAGA